AUGUCGUUCACCUUCACGGUCCGCCAGGGCCCGGCCCGCCUGGCCUCGAGACUCCCGCAGCUCGCAAAGAGCACGACUCGGUCCGCCACCGGGCCCUCCGUGGCCAUCCGGGCCUUCCACCGGUCGGCGCCCAAGAACAACUUCUUCUCGUCGCGCACCUCGCUCCUGGCCGCGUCAGUCCUGCGGUCCGGCCCCAAGCCCGCCCAGAGCCUCGUCUCCCGCCUCGCCGGCUCCAGCCGGACCUACUACCAGCAGACACAGCAGCAGACGACCGACCAGGCCUCCCUGCUGCGCAAGCUGCUCGUCGGCGGCGCCAUCUUCGGCGGCACCCUCGUCGCGGUCAACGUCGUCUUCAACCGCGAGACGAGGGACGACGGCGGCAUGCCCGUCUACGAGCGCGAGUACCUGAACAACACUUUCCUGCACACCGGCCUGGGCGUCGGCAUCAUCGCCCUCACGGCCCGCCAGAUGGUCCGCAGCGGCUUCGUCUACCGGCUCAUGGUCACCAACCCGUGGGUCGUCGGCAUCGGCGGCCUGGCGCUCAGCUUCGCCACCAUGAUCGGUACCCGGUCCAUCUCGCCUGACAACUACGUCCCCAAGUACGCCCUCUGGACCGCCUUCAACGCCACCCAGGCCGCCUUCAUCGCUCCCCUGAUCGCCUUCGUCCCCGGCGCCCUGAUCGCCCGCGCCGGUCUGUACACCGUCGCCAUGAUGGGCUCGCUGUCCUUCAUCGGCGCCACGGCCAAGCAGGAGAAGUACCUCUACAUCGGCGGCCCUCUGCUGGCCGGCGCCGCCAUCGUCGCCGUCUCGGGCCUGGCCCCCCUCGUCAUCCCCGUCACAGCGGCCCGCACGCUGGCCCUGACGGAGAACAUCUGGCUGUACGGAGGCCUGGCGCUGUUCGGCGGCUUCACGCUGUACGACGUGCAGAAGGUGCUGCACCACGCGCGCAUGGCCGAGCGCGGCAUCAUCAAGCGGGACCCGGUCAACGAGAGCAUCAGCCUCGAGCUCGACUUCCUCAACAUCUUUAUCCGCAUGGUGCAGAUCCUGAUGAUGCAACAGAACCGGAGGAAGUAG